AAGGAAAGUGAAAGCAGGAAAAUAAGCAAAGCCAUUCCGAGGCAAACUGUUGGCCAAACAACCGCACAUUCUGAGAAGUGAGAAUGGAAGAACAGGUUCUCUAAAAUGAGUUUCCAUGUCGAGAGAGAAGAUGAGGACACUGCAGCUAAAAUGAAUUCUCUGCUUCCUGGAUCAAGCUGUGUGUUUAUGAAAAGUAAUUUCAUAGAUGCAGUGACCUCUGACCCCAGUAUCAGCAAGAGGAAGAGACAAAGAUCAGAGUCUCCAGAACUCAGCAUUGUGUCUCUGAAGAGUAACACAUCCAUGAUGCAACCCAUUGGACUCAGUGAUGGACCUGUGACCUCUGACCCCCCCAGGACGAAGAUACAUAUGCUGAGCAGGUCUGUGCCAUCAUCUACAUCUCACUAUCAGACUCACAUCAGGCAGUACAAAACUGAAGCAGUCCAGCAGACUGGAGACCUGCAGAGAGUCAAAAACCAGCACAAAACCAGCAUGAAGAAUAAGUAUGAGAGAUUUUUUGAGGGAAUUAAACUCCAAGAGAAUCAAACCUUCCUGAACAGGAUCUACACACAGCUCUACAUCAUAGAGGGAGAGAGAGAAGGAGUGAAUGAAGAACAUGAGGUUUUACAGAUGGAGAAAACAGCCAGAACACAACACUCACAAGACACUCCAAUCUACUGCAAUGACAUAUUUAAAGCCUCACCUGAACCAGGAUGUGAGGUGAAAGACAAAAUCAAGACUGUUCUUACUAAAGGCAUUGCUGGAAUCGGAAAAACUGUCUCUGUGCAGAAGUUCAUUCUGGACUGGGCCGAGGGAAAAGCCAAUCAGGAUGUAGAUUUCAUGUUUGUGUUUCCAUUUCGAGAGCUGAACUUGAUUGGAGAUGAUCAGUACAGUCUUCACAGACUUCUGCUGGACUUUCAUCCUGAACUUCAAGAUCUGGACUCAAAGAUUUAUGAGGAGUGUAAAGUUGUGUUCAUCUUGGAUGGUCUGGAUGAAAGCAGAAUCACACUGUUUUCAGACACUCAGAAACUUUCUGAUGUUACUGAGACUUCAUCGGUGGGUGUGUUGAUGUCAAACCUCAUGAAAGGAGAGCUGCUUCCCUCUGCUCUAAUCUGGAUCACCUCCAGACCUGCAGCAGUCAAUCAGAUCCCCUCCAAAUACAUCAACCGUCUAACAGAAAUUGAUGGAUUCAAUGAACCUCAGAAGGAGGAAUAUUUCAGGAAGAGAAUCAGUGAUGAGCGUCAAGCCAGCAGAAUCAUCUCACACAUCAGAAGAGCAAGAAGCCUCCACAUCAUGUGCCACAUACCCGUCUUUUGCUGGAUCUCAGCCACCGUGCUUCAGAAGCUCCUGAAAGAAGAUCUGAGUGCAGAAAUCCCUCAAACUCUGACUGAAAUGUACAUCCACUUCCUGCUGUUUCAGAUCAAAAUGAGGAAUCAGAAGUAUGAAGAGAGAGAUCCAGAGAAACUCUUGCAGUCCAACAGAGAAAUGAUUGUGAAACUUGGUGAAGUGGCUUUCAAACAGCUUAUGAAGGGCAAUGUGAUGUUCUAUGAGGACGACCUGAGAGAGAGCGGCAUAGAUGUCACUGACGCCUCAGUGUAUUCUGGGAUUUGCACUGAGAUCUUUAAGGAGGAAUCUGUGAUUCAUCAGAGGAAAGUCUACAGCUUCAUUCAUCUAAGCGUUCAGGAGUUUCUUGCUGCUUUCUAUUUGUUUUACCUUUAUGUAAUGAAAAAUGUUGACACAUUGCAGUUUUUCGAUGUAGUGCAUAAUCUGCAUAGAGAAAUAGUCAAUAAAGCCCUUAAGAGUGAGAAUGGACACCUGGAUCUGUUCCUGCGGUUCCUGCUUGGCAUCUCACUGGAGUCCAAUCAGAGACUCUUACAGGAUCUACUGACACACACAGAGAACAGCUCAGAGAGCAUCGAGAGAACCACACAGUACAUUAAAGAGAAGAUCAAAAAUGGACAUGGACUCUCCACUGAAAGAUCCAUCAAUCUGUUCCUCUGUCUGCUGGAAGUCAAAGAUCAGACUCUGUCCAGAGAGAUUCAGGAGUUUGUGAAAUCAGACAAACACUCAGAGAAGAAACUCUCUCCUGCUCACUGCUCAACAAUCGCCUACAUGCUUCAGAUGUCAGAGGAAGUGCUGGAUGAGCUGGACCUCAAGAAAUACAACACAUCAGAUGAAGGUAGAAGAAGACUUAUACCAGCUGUGAUCAACUGCACAAAAGCCCUUCUUUCUGGCUGUAAUCUUACUGCCCAUGAUUGUGAAAUUGUGUCAUUAGCUCUACAAUCCUCAAACUGUGUCCUGAAAGAGCUGGACCUGAGUAACAAUGACCUGCAGGAUUUAGGAGUGAAUUUGCUCUCUGAUGGACUGAGGAGUCCAAACUGUCAGCUGGAGAUACUGAGAUUGUCUGGCUGUAUGGUGACAGAGGAAGGCUGUGGUUAUGUGUCUUCAGCUCUGAGUUCAAACCCCUCACACCUGAGAGAGCUGGAUCUGAGCUACAAUCACCCAGGACAAACAGGAGUCCAGCAACUUAACGACAAACUGGAUCAUCCACAGUAUAAACUGGAGAUACUCAAUUUGGAUUAUGGUGGACAUUUCAGGAUCACACCAGGACUGAGAAAAUAUGCCUGUAAUCUCACACUGCAUCCAAACACAGCAAACGCUCAUCUCAUCCUGUCUGAGAACAGAAAUGCAACAUGUAUGAAAGAGUCACAGCCGUAUGCUGAUCAUCCAGAGAGAUUUGAGAACUAUGAGCAGGUUCUGUGUCGAGAGAGUCUGACUGGACGCUGUUACUGGGAGGUUGAAUUGAGAGGCUGGGGUCAUAUAGCAGUGACAUAUAAAGGAAUCAGGAGAAAAGGUGGGAUUGACUGUCGGUUUGGACUCAAUGACAAGUCCUGGAAUCUUUACUGUUGUGAUACAAUUUACACUUCCUGGCACAAUAAUAAGGCUAACAGCACAAAGAUUCCUCCCUCUUCAUCUAUAUCUAAUAGAGUAGGAGUGUAUCUGGACUGGUCAGCCGGUAUUCUGUCCUUCUACAGCGUCUCUGACACACAUACACUCACACACUUACACACAUUCAACACCUCAUUCACUGAACCCCUCUAUGCUGGAUUUGGUUUUUACAAUGAUUCCGCUGUCUUUGUGUCAGAUUUAACAACCUCUUUUGAGGAACCAUAGUGACAUCACACAUACAAUGGGAACCUAUUAAUCAAGCCAUGUUGAAGUUUCUGACAAUAUUGGGUGGCCUUUCUUAGGUUCAUACUGUACUGGUGUGACAAUAUCCAAAAUUUUAACAUGUUUUAAUGUUCCCGGUCAGUAUAUGCAUAUUUUGGAAAUUUGAUAAAUGUAACACUAUUUUCUUUGAAAAGUCUUGUUCGAUUUCGGACUACCAUGACAUUAUAUGCUAACCUUUCAUAUUUUCAUUAUUUUCUUAUUUUUCUCAAUUUUGCAGUAGUUGUAUUUUUAUUGUUUUUUGUCUAUUUGUUUGUUUUACUUUCCUGUGCUUUAUUUGAUAAGAUAAAAAAAAAAUUAUAUUACUGAAAAUAACUUUUCAGUGUCAGAUGAGAUGAAAUGUCUCCUUAAUGUAACAGCUGCACAGUGUUCUUCAAUAAAUCUUUACACAUGGUGAAUCACA